CUCCAUCACUACCUGUCUGUCUGUCACCCUCUCUGAUUUAUCUAUCUAUCUAUUUAUCUGUCAGACUGUCUUUCUCCGUCGUCCUCCAACUAAUAAUGGCACAUCCCACCAACACAAGUACCUUAAAUAAGGUCAACUUCGAGAAGAACUGGACGGAAAGGGUGAAGAAAGAGAAAAGGCACCAACAACUCUUUACAAACUUCAGUAUAAACCCUUUUAAAAAAAUCCAUGAGAUCACAGGAAAACCCAACAGAGAGAGCGAGGUAGGAAACAUGAUAGAAGACUCUCACUUCAAGACGGUCAUCAAACGGGCCAAUCUGGAACCUGUGAAGAAAUACGAGUAUCCGCAGACCGAGUCUCAAGAAAUUGGUUGGAUAACUCAGCCUUUGGUGGACCUUGACCGCAGUGAUCGCCGACUUCAAUUCCCCCGUGUCCGGACUGGCAUCACAGAAUACAUGGAGGCAGUUUGGUUAAUGAAAGAACAGGCACAGCAGUGACAAAUAAAUAAAUAAAUAAAUAAAAGCCAUGGGCCGUAUCACUCUACGGUCCCACACUUAACUCUGCAAGAACUUCUCUGCCAAAAGAUGGGCACAAAAAAGACUGGAUUUCUUAAUGAAAAAUAAAUCCUUUGUCUAAUAACAAUGGGGAUUGUAGGGCCUUCAUGCUGGCUUUGCUUUUUUAAUUAAUAAAUCUUAAUUAUCAAC